AUUGCGCUUCAGUCCUCCACCGUUCUUACCAUUCCGCCUUAUUUACUCGUACAGAAGUGAAAGGUCGAUCCGUGUCGGAGCUCGGCUGUCUCACAUAAACACAGGCAUUUUAGAGCAGUCAACUCAGUAAUAUAAGAGUUUAGGAGGUGACAGUUGUUAAAAGGAGAACUUUUUGCACUUGUAAAAAAUUGUCGUCGGGACUCUUUUUGACAGUAUUACACCAAGUUUGUUCUAUUCCCGUUUUCCAUCGACUUCCUAAACCCACACUGAGCUCAAAUACGGAAGCCGUUUGUCCAGUAUUUUAGCAUCUCACACCCAUACUGUUGGGAACAUUUCACACACGAGAGAAAUAGAGCUGAAACACAGACAUCUUUUGUGAGAUAUCAGCUGUUGCUUUACGUGGAUGCUACACUUGACCGAAGAGGCCAGGGGAAAGAUCAGGUAUCUGAAGAUUAUCAAAGAUGUCAUCUAAGAUGCAAAGUUCGAAUAAUAUAUCCCAGGCCCGAAGGACUGUUCAACAGCUACGGAUAGAAGCUAACACAGAGAGGAUAAAGGUCUCUAAAGCUUCUGCAGACCUCAUGCAUUACUGUAGUGAACAUGCCAAAUAUGACCCUCUGCUAAUGGGUAUCCCUACUUCAGAAAACCCUUUUAAAGAUAAAAAGCCCUGCACUAUAUUGUAGUGUGAUGCUUGAACUCCUGAUGUGUGUUUUGAUGUGCUCUUUAUUUUUUCAGUUAAAGAGAAAAUAGGAUCUUCAAACAUUCACUUACUAUUCACCUUAAAGUGACUAAACCCCAAGCCAUUAUCUGACUGUAUCCACUGGCUUUAAGGCUGAAACGAAACAAAUCUCCUGUCUAGAAAAGUUCUUCUUGUUUAAACUAUAAAAAGAAGAGCCAAAGCACCUAGUAAACAAAAUCAUUUGUGGUGCAACGACAAAGCCAACCCACGAAUGAAAUUUUAGCUUUGGACUCAGCACAAAUAACUUGUUUGCUUUGUGAUGCUCCUCACUGAUGUGGUUGGCACCGGUGACUUCUGCAAAUAAAGGGUGAGGUCAGAGUGGGCAGUUCCAAACCUUACUAGUAUCACGAAGCACAGGAAGCGAUCAUUUUUAAUGACUGCAUGCUGUAAUAUAUAACUCCAGAUAUGCAAAGCCUCAUCAGUGGUGCUUUGACCCCAUGUGACUUUUUAAAUGCAUCCAGUCACAGGGAGUGUGAGGGGCUGAUGUGAGAGUUGAAAUGUCAACAUUACUAAUGUGUGAAGGGUGCUUGUGCUCACUGGAGGGGUAAACAGGUGUCUGUGGAGGCGUCAUACUGACGCAUUACUACUCCUGCCCUCCCUCCCUAACUCACUCUGUGUGAACAAUGGCGUGAAAGAAAGCAAACUUUUCCUGUCGAGUCACUACACACAAGAUUGUGCCAUUUUCUUUUUCUCUCAGUAAACCAGGGGGACUGUUUCAAAAGUUCAACAGCUGCCAAAAACUUGCAGAUCAGCAUUUCUGGAAUGAUACAACAUUCUGUGUUCAUGCAUUCAUCUGAAAUGCUGGCAUUUUGUUUGUUUCUUUUUUUUUUUCAAUCAGCCAGACAAAAUUUGUUUAUUUGACUCAUUCCACUUUUUGACACCCAUUCUUUGAACACCCACUUUCAGUAGAUGCUGCAGGAUCACAUUGGAAUACUUUGACUUGCGUUUUUGCCCUGUGUGUGAUAGAUACAUUAGCAAUACUUUAUUGCAGAUAAUGGUACGGUAAUAUAUUGCAACCCUUUAAUGAUUAUUUACAAGAUGCUUAAUUCAAUAUAAACAUUGAUUUUGAUUGUUUCCAUCUAAUUCCUCUUUUUCUAUAAUAAAGAUUAAAUGUCAUUGUGCCAUCUUAUUCUUGGAUCUGAUCAGCAAUGGAAACUAUCAAUGCUUCGUAUGAUUUGUCUGUAUACAUAUGGUGAGCAGAUGAUGAAUUCUAUAAAGGUAGUUAUGUUUGUGACUGUUAUAAUCAUGCAUUUUGACACCAUUCCAUGUUUACAUUCCCUGCACCAAUUUUUGAACACUCUGAGGAUCACCAUGCAGUUAAAGCAUCUGAGUGUGUGUUGAAAGUGAGUGUGUAAAGCCUUCAUCACACAGCUGGCAGAAAACAACUCCACCAGACCAGCUGAACCACAAAAGGCCUUAAUGAAGUAUUCCUGCUCUUACUUAUUCACUGCCGUGCUACUGUCUUAACUCUACAACCAGACUGAACCAAAUACUGUGAACCAGCAGCAAUGCUUCCCACAGACUCUAUACUGUGUUCUCAUCAUUCCAUAUUUGAUUCCUAAUUGUUAAUGACUGUGCAACUGAACUGCACAGAAAAACAGCAGAAUCCUGAUUUUCCUGUAUCAGCUGUAAUGCAAUCCUCUUUAAUAACAGUAUGGUUUCAGCAAGUACACAUUUAUAAAUAAGAAUGCAGCCUUGCUUUUGUGUUGUCCACUAAGUAAUGCAUUCAAAAUGAUAUUUGUCACAGUGGCCUAUUGUUAUUCGGACAGUUGUGCUUUUCUGUAUGCUAUUGUCAUUUCUAAAGGUGCUUUUGGAUUGUAAAUGUCAUGCUCAAGCUCUUCAGUCAGCUUUUUUGUCUUUAAAAAUGUUUUAAUAUGAAGAGCAUUCAGUGUCACCAUUUUUGAGUGAAUUUUCCAUCUUCUAAAAAGAACUUCUUGUGUUGUCUUUUUUCCAACUGAAGUUAAAUAUAGUUUUAUUCUCAAAAUUGUUGUCUUGUUAUUUUUGUUGUCUUCACACUCCUGU